AUGAUCAAUCGACUACGCUUUUCUCUGCUCUUAUUUGUCUGUUGCGGCGUCUACGUUGGAGCUCUCUGCAACCUUUGUGAGAAUGGUGUCGACGGUAUCAACUGGCCACUUCACCACGUCGAUUCGAACGGAAAAACCUGUGCCCUCAAGUCGAUCGACAUGGCUCUUAUUAGCAACCCAAACUCCAAUGCAUGUCAGUCUGAGAUCUCCCAGUAUCGCCCCAUUUGCUGCGGUAGUCAAGAACCCGGUCCCAUUGAACAAGUGCCUACGUUGCCGCCCGCUUUCCAAGGUGAGACGGGACCCUACGAGCUCUGUGACAUCUGCUGGACUGGUGACUACCCCUACAACACUGGAAUGGUCAUCAAUAUGCUCUACAUUGGAGUUGGAUCCUGCGCUCAGUACUACGGAUAUGGACAAGGUGGCUGGAUCCCGGAUCAUUUGUGCGAUACCAUCCAGCACUUUGCCUACGAACCAUGCGGCUGCGGAGAAUUCAAUCCGAAUUACAACCCCAAUGUCGGACGAGCACCACCCAUGGGCUCUGGUCCUGACCCAACGCCUAAUCCUACCAGACAACCCACCCUUGCUCCCACUCCAGUUCCUACACCACAGCCAACAAAUCCUCCAACUCUUGAGCCCACAAAUCCUCCAACACCACAGCCGACAUAUCCACCAACACCACAGCCUACACCACAGCCAACACCACAGCCAACACCACAGCCAACACCACAGCCAACACCACAGCCAACACCACAGCCAACACCACAGCCUACACCGCAGCCUACACCACACCCAACUCAGUCACCCACUCCCGUGCCCAGUCCAGCCCCAACUCCGGUGCCAACUCCAGCCCCAACUCCAGUCCCCACUCCAGCCCCAAGCGGACCAGGCAAUGCCAAUGGAAACGGCAACGGCAACGGGAACCCACAGCAGAAGACACCCGACUCGGAUGCCAAGGAUGACAUGAAGAUGGGCAAUCAGCUGGCUCGUGGUGGUGCAGGAGGCACACGUCGCUAUCUGAAAGGAAGCCUCCGCAAGGAUGUCUAGUACUGGGCGACGACCGGGGAUCAGUUUCGGCUGUCGGAGCACCACACUUGUUGAGUGUUUAGAUGGAUUUGUCUCGCUAUUGGUCAGAAUUGGGGUCUCACAACUUACUUGGAAUCGAAUCGCUACUUCAACCCCCGCAUCAUAACUUUUCAAUAAUUUAUAACCCUCGAUAGAAUACAACCAACUAGUACUAGAGUCAGAUAAUUUGUGGAUCUUCAAGCCAAAAGUGAGACGACCGAGUUGCUGAUGCAAGCCAAUCUAGACUACCCAAUAAUAACCA